CUGUGCGAGCCCUGCAGGAGAUGCUGGCUAACACAGAUCAAAAUGGGGAAGGUAAACCUGAUCAUGAGCGAUGGGCAGGACAGGGGGGAGGACAUCGGACACUGCUGUAUGGUCACGCCAUCCUACUAAGGCAUUCGUUCAGUGGAAUGUAUCUAGCCUGUCUAAAGACGUCAAGGUCUCUGACAGACAAGCUAUCAUUUGAUGUAGGAUUACAGGAGGACUCGACAGGCGAGGCCUGUUGGUGGACAAUCCAUCCAGCCUCGAAACAGAGGUCUGAGGGUGAAAAGGUUCGCAUUGGUGAUGAUCUCAUUUUGGUCAGUGUGUCCUCAGAGAGAUACCUGCAUCUGUCUAUCUCCAAUGGAAACAUACAAGUGGAUGCUUCUUUUAUGCAAACACUCUGGAAUGCGCAGCCCACCUGUUCUGGCAGCAAUGUGGCAGUGGGAUAUUUACUGGGGGGGCAUGUGAUUCGCCUGUUCCAUGGACACGAUGAGAGCCUGACUAUACCAGGAGCGGAGCAGUCCGCCGAGCAGCAGAGGCUGGUGAACUUUGAAACUGGGAAAUCAGGGUCCAGGGCUAGGUCUCUGUGGAGGAUAGAGCCACUUCGGAUCAGCUGGAGCGGGAGCCAUAUUCGUUGGGGUCAGCCCUUCCGCCUGCGCCAUCUCUCCACUGGCCACUACCUAGGUCAGACAGAGGAGCGUGGCCUGGUGCUGCUGGACAGAGAGAAGUCUGACACUGCUGCUACAUCAUUCUGCUUCAGGCCAAGCAAGGAGAAAGUUGACACUGGGCCAAAGCGGGACAUUGACGGCAUGGGGGUGGCAGAGAUCAAGUACGGCGAUUCCGUCUGUUUCAUCAUGCAUGUGGCGACAGGGUUGUGGCUGUCCUAUCAGGCGCCGGAUGCGAAAUCCUCCCGCCUCGGGCCGCUCAAGAGAAGGGCCUUCCUCUAUCCAGAGGGCCAUAUGGAUGAUGGACUAAUUCUGCAGCUCUGCCAACACGAAGAGUCCAGAGCAGCUCGCAUCAUUCGCAACACCACACAACUCUUUACCCAGUUCAUCAGAGGGCUGGAUGAACUGAAGGGCGAGAAAGCAUCAGGGGUGAGUCUGCCGGUGGGAGAGGUACUACAGACCCUGGAGGACCUCAUCACUUACUUCCAACAGCCUGACUCGGAGCUAGAACAUGAGGAGAAACAGAGGCAACUUCGCUCGCUCAUCAAACGCCAGGACCUUUUCAAAGAGGAGGGAAUGCUUACAUUGGUCUCUAUCUGUAUCGACCGGCUCAAUGUGUACAACAGUGCUGCUGAGUUUGAGGAAUUUGCAGGCGAAGAGGCAGGAGAGGCCUGGAAGGACAUCUUAAACCUCCUCUAUGAGUUGCUUGCCGCCCUGAUCCGAGGGAACAGACCCAACUGUACACAGUUCUCGCGCAAACUGGACUGGCUAGUCAGCAAACUGGAGCGGCUGGAGUCCUCCUCAGGCAUCCUGGAGGCGCUGCACUGUAUCCUCACAGAGAGUCCAGAGGCUCUAAACAUCAUCCAGAAAGACCACAUUAGAUCCAUCAUUUCCCUUCUCUAUAAACAUGGACGCAACCACAAGAUUCUGGAUAUCCUCUGCUCUCUUUGUGUCUGUAAUGGCGUGGCAGUCCGAGCCAAUCAGAACAUCAUCUGUGACCACCUGCUUCCAAGAAGGGAUCUGCUGCUCCAAACACGUUUGGUUAAUGAUGUGCAAAGCAUCAGGCCAAACAUCUUCCUGGGUAUAAGUGAGGGAUCAGCGCAAUAUAAGAAGUGGUACUUUGAGCUGAUGAUUGAUCAGGUGGACCAUUUUGUCACAAGUGAAUCCACUCAUCUGCGAGUAGGCUGGGCCAGCACUAAAGGAUAUGCUCCCUACCCUGGGGGUGGAGAGGGCUGGGGGGGCAACGGUGUUGGUGAUGAUCUCUACUCAUACUCCUUCGAUGGACUUCAUCUGUGGUCAGGGAGAAUUCCGCGGGCCGUGGCCUCCAUUAACCAGCACUUGCUGACCUCUGAUGACGUGGUGAGCUGUUGUCUGGACCUCGGCGCCCCCAGCAUGUCCUUCCGCAUUAAUGGCCAGCCCGUGCAGGGAAUGUUCGAGGACUUUAACACGGACGGUUUCUUCUUCCCUGUUGUCAGCUUCUCAGCAGGAGUCAAGGUUCGUUUCUUGUUGGGUGGUCGCCAUGGUGAUUUUAAAUUCCUACCCCCUGCUGGCUAUGCGCCUUGUUAUGAAGCCCUUCUCCCCAAAGAAAAGAUGCGGGUGGAGCCAGUGAAGGAGUAUAAGAGAGAUGCAGAGGGAGUGAGGGACUUGCUGGGAACCACCCAAUUCCUGUCACAAGCGACCUUCAUUCCCAUUCCUGUCAAUACUGGCCAGAUUGUUCUGCCUCCACACCUUGAAAAUGUACGUGAUAAGCUAGCAGAGAACAUCCACGAACUCUGGGGUAUGAACAAAAUUGAGCUCGGCUGGACCUAUGGCAAGGUUCGUGAUGACAACAAGAGGCAGCAUCCUUGCCUGGUUGACUUCUCCAAGCUGCCUGAAACUGAAAAAAAUUAUAACCUACAAAUGUCAACAGAAACAUUAAAGACCUUACUAGCUUUGGGAUGUCACGUUGUACAAAUUAAUGUGAAUGCUGAAGAUGAACUGAAGAAGAUCAAACUUCCCAAAGAGUAUGUGAUGUCUAAUGGUUAUAAGCCUUUGCCACUAGAGCUUUCUGAUGUGAAACUGACACCUGGUCAGGAAGUUCUAGUUGAUAAACUGGCUGAAAACGCUCAUAACGUUUGGGCCAAAGAUCGCAUUAAACAAGGAUGGACUUACGGAAUUCAGCAGGAUUUAAAGAGCAGACGCAACCCUCGUUUGGUGCCAUAUUCUUUGUUAGAUGAGCGCACAAAGAAAUCUAACAGAGACAGCCUUCGAGAGGCCAUCCGAACACUAAUUGGAUAUGGAUACAACAUUGAGCCCCCAGAUCAAGAGGCUGCCCAUGUGGUGGAAAAAAUAAGUGUUGAAAACAUCCGUUUCUUCCGUGUGGAGAAGAGUUAUGCAGUGAAAUCAGGGAAAUGGUAUUUUGAGUUUGAGGCUGUGACCGCAGGAGAAAUGUGCGUAGGCUGGGCUCGGCCUAGUUGUAGACCUGACGUCAGCUUGGGCAUGGAUGACCAAGCCUAUGUUUUUGAUGGUUUCCGAGGUCGACAGGUACACAUGGGCAGCCACUUCUUUGGGAGAACAUGGAACAAAGGUGACGUGGUGGGAUGCAUGAUUAACAUGGAGGAUAAAUCCAUGAUAUUUACUCUCAAUGGAGAGAUCCUUAUUACCAACAAGGGUUCUGAGCUCUGCUUCACUGACUUUGAGACUGAAGAUGGCUUCAUCCCAGUUUGCAGCCUUGGGCAAUCCCAGAUUGGCCAUAUGAACCUGGGAAAAGAUGCUAGCACCUUUAAGUAUUACACCAUGUGUGGCCUUCAGGAGGGCUUUGAGCCUUUUGCUGUCAACAUGAACCGAGAGGUUACGAUGUGGUUCAGCAAACGCCUUCCUACAUUUGUCAAUGUGCCAGUGGACCAUGAACACAUUGAGGUGACUAGAAUUGAUGGGACUGUGGACUCUCCACCAUGUCUGAAGGUGAGCCAUAAGACAUUCGGGACACAGGCUAGUAAUAACGACAUGAUUUAUUGCCGCUUGAGCAUGCCUGUUGAGUUUUAUUCCAGUCCCAGAAAAAUCACCGAUAUAAACGAGAUGAUCGGUGAUGGCCAAAGAGCUAAGAAGGUUGACAGUGGAAAGACUGAUUAUAGCAGCAUUACGAAGUAUUUCUACUCAGUGAGGGUGUUUGCAGGUCAGGAUCCUGCCUCAGUAUGGGUAGGCUGGGUAACACCAGACUACCACUACUACAGCAAGAAAUUUAACCUGAGCAAAGUCCGCACAGUGACUGUAACUCUUGGGGAUGAACGUGGCCGCGUUCAUGAGAGUGUUAGAAGGAGCAAUUGCUACAUGGUGUGUGCUGGUGACAUUUCUAGUAGUUCAUCUGGACGAAGUAACGUGGACCUCAUAAUUGGAUGUCAUAUUGAUCUGGCCUCUGGCCUUGUCUCAUUCACUGCCAACAACAAGGAGCUGCCUAUUGCAUAUCAGGUGGAACCCAACACCAAACUGUUUCCUGCGGUGUUUGUCGAGCCCACAAGCCCAAACCUGUUUCAGUUUGAGUUUCCAAAGAUCAAAGAUGCUAUGCCACUGUCAUCUGCCAUUUUCAAAAGUCUUCAUAGUAACCCAGAACCACAGUGUCCUCCAAGGUUGGAUGUACAGACCAUUGUAGCUGUUCUGUGGAGCAGGAUGCCCAACACUUUCCUCUCAGUGGAAACAGCACGUGUCAGCGAGAGGCACGGCUGGGUGGUGCAGUGUCUGGAGCCGCUGCAGAUGAUGGCAGUGCAUAUUCCUGAGGAAAACAGGUGCAUAGACAUCAUGGAGCUCUCAGAAUACGAGGACCUGCGACAGUUCCACUACCACACUCUGAAACUCUACUGCGCUCUCUGUGCUUUGGGAAACACUCGUGUGGCCCACGCCCUCUGCAGCCAUCUCGACCAGUCACAGCUCCUUUACACCAUUGACAACCAGUACUUGACAGGACAGCUGCGUGAGGGGUUUUAUGACGUUCUUAUCAGCAUCCACCUGGAGACAGCAAAAGAAGCACGACUCAUGAUGAAGAAUGAGUUUAUCAUACCCAUCACAGACGACACCCGCAGCAUCCGCCUUUUCUCUGAUGACUCCAAACGCCACUCGUUGCCUGGCGUGGGACUGAGCACGUCACUCAGCCCUCGGCUUAACUUCUCACCGCCGUGCUUCAUCAACACUAAGCGUGAGCACUUAUACAGUCCAGAGAUCCCACUGGGCAUUCUGAAGGAGAAGGCCAUCAGCAUGCUGACAGAGGCAGUGCAGGGCGGAGGGACUCAUAUCCGUGACCCUGUAGGGGGCAGUGUGGAAUACCAGUUUGUGCCCAUACUCAAGCUGAUUGCCACUCUGUUGAUUAUGGGCUCUCUAAGUAGUGAGGAGGUGCGAAUCGUUCUCCUGCUUGUUGAACCCAAUGUUUUUGGGGAAAGCAAGGAGGAGGAGACACAACUUGUGGCUGUAGAGGAGCCAGCCGAGAAAGAAGAGGCAAGCAGUAAUGAGGAGAAAGCUGUGGAGGCAGGGGAGGAAGAGAGCAAAGAACACAAGCAGCCACCCAAAGGUCUUUUGGAGAAGAGCCUGCCUGAAUCAGUCAAACAUCAGAUGUGUGAACUCCUGCACUAUUUCUGUGACUGUGAGCUGAAGCAGCGUAUUGAGGCCAUCGUGGCUUUCUCCGAUAGUUUUGUGUCCAAACUGCAGUACAACCAAAAGUUCCGCUACAAUGAGCUCAUGCUGGCCCUCAACAUGUCCGCUGCUAUCACUGCCAAGAAGACCAAGGAAUUCCGCUCACCUCCCCAAGAGCAGAUUAACAUGCUUCUGGAUUUUGCUACUGGAGAGGAUUGUCCCUGUCCUGAGGACAUCCAAGAGGAACUUUAUGCCUUCCAUGAUGACCUGAGAAUCCACUGUGGUAUUCCCAUAGAAGAAGAAGAGGAGGAACCUGAUACAUCUAUAAAAGGCCGUCUGCUCUCCUUGUUAUAUAAAAUCAAAGGUCGCCCACUGAAAACCGAGGAACAACCAUCAGAGGAAGAGCAAGCAGCUCCAACAAACCUGAAGGAGCUGAUCUCUCAGACAAUGGUAAGCUGGGCUCAGGAAUGCAAAAUCCAGAACCCAGCAUUGGUGCGAAGCAUGUUCAGUCUACUCCGGAGGCAGUACGAUGGCAUUGGUGAACUGCUGCGUGCUAUGAGAAAAAGCUACACUGUCAGCGAUAAGUCUGUGCAGGACGCCAUUAACCUGCUGGCCUCACUGGGACAGAUCCGCUCUUUGCUCAGUGUGAGAAUGGGUGAAGAGGAGGGCCAGCUCAUGAUCGAUGGCCUGGGGGAUAUCAUGAACAACAAAGUGUUUUAUCAGCAUCCAAAUCUGAUGCGGGUUCUGGGCAUGCACGAGACAGUCAUGGAGGUCAUGGUCAAUGUGUUAGGAGGAGACAAAUCUAAGGAGAUUGCUUUUCCCAAAAUGGUUGCCAGUUGCUGCCGCUUUCUCUGCUACUUCUGCCGCAUCAGCCGUGAGAAUCAGAAAGCAAUGUUUGAACAUUUGAGCUACCUAUUGGAGAACAGCAGUGUGGGAUUGGCUUGCCCAGCCAUGAGGGGCUCCACUCCUCUGGAUGUGGCUGCAUCCUCCGUGAUGGAUAACAAUAGUCUGGCCCUGGCCUUAGAGGAACCAGACCUGGAAAAGGUGGUGACAUACUUGGCUGGUUGUGGUCUUCAGAGCUGCCCCAUGCUGGUAGCUAAGGGAUACCCUGACAUCGGCUGGAACCCUAUAGAAGGAGAACGUUACCUGUCUUUCCUUCGAUUCGCUGUCUUUGUCAACGGUGAGAGUGUAGAGGAGAAUGCUAAUGUGGUGGUUAAGUUGUUGAUCAGGCGUCCGGAGUGCUUUGGUCCUGCUCUGAGGGGAGAGGGGGGGCAAGGUCUGUUGGCUGCCAUGCUAGAAGCCAUUAAAAUCUCUGAGGACCCUGCUCUCGAUCUGCCCAGUGAAGGAGGAGCAACUGUGUCUGGGGAGGAUGGUGAGGAGGAAGAGGUGGCACACAUGGGCAACUCUAUCAUGUCAUUCUACUCAGGCCUUAUUGAUCUGCUGGGACGCUGUGCCCCUGAAAUGCAUUUAAUCAACACAGGCAAGGGUGAAGCUCUGCGUAUUCGUGCCAUUCUGCGUUCUCUAGUGCCUACUAAAGACUUAGUGGGCAUCAUCAGCAUACCACUCAAAGUGCCUGUUAUUAACAAAGAUGGCAGUGUGACAGAGCCAGACAUGAAUGCUAGUUUCUGUCCCGAGCACAAGUCACCAAUGGUGCUCUUCCUGGACCGUGUGUAUGGUAUUGAGGACCAAAGCUUCUUGCUAAACCUGUUGGAGGUGGGCUUCCUGCCAGAUUUCAGAGUCUCAGCAUCGCUGGACACAGAGGUGCUGAGCACCACAGAGACAGCACUAGCCUUAAACAGGUAUAUCGGCUCAGCUGUCCUGCCUUUGCUGACACGAUGUGCAUCUCUCUUUGCUCAUACGGAGCACUACGCCACACUCAUGGACUCCACGCUUCACACGAUCUACAGACUGUCCAAGGGCCGCUCGCUCACCAAGGCCCAAAGAGACUCCAUAGAGCAGUGCCUACUUGCCAUCUGCAAACACCUUCGGCCAUCUAUGCUGCAGCAGCUUUUGCGUCGUCUGGUCUUUGAUGUUCCACAACUAACAGAAUACUGCAAGAUGCCCAUAAAGCUUUUGACCAAUCACUAUGAACAGAACUGGAAAUACUACUGCCUGCCCUCAGGCCUGGGAAGUUAUGGCAUGGCAUCAGAGGAGGAGCUCCAUCUCACCAAGAAACUCUUCUGGGGUCUUUUUGAUGCCCUCUCUCAGAAGAAAUAUGACGCAGAGCUUUUUAAAAUGGCUAUGACGUGUCUAAGUGCCAUAAGUGGAGCCCUCCCGCCUGAUUAUGUAGACAUGAGCCCAGCAACAACUCUGGUAAAGCAGGUCUCUGUGGAUGCUCAAGGAAACUUUGAUCCCAAGCCUAUCAGCACCGCCAACAUCUCACUGCCUGAAAAACUGGAUUACAUUGCCAGCAAAUUUGCUGAGCAUUGCCAUGAGAAGUGGUCUUCUGAGAAGUUAUCACUAGGCUGGACUGCAGGUGAGAAAGUGGACGACCAAGCCAAAACUCACCCUCUCCUGAAACCAUAUAAAUCACUGAGUGAGAAGGAGAGAGAAACCUACCGCUACCCGGUGAAGGAAUCUCUGAAGAGCAUGUUGGCUAUGGGUUGGACCAUUGAGAGAACCAAAGAAGGGGAAGCCAUGUUACAGCAGCGCGAGGCAGAGAAACAGAUCUCGGAGGCUUCUCAGGGAGACAGAUUUCAUCCAGUACCUGUGGAUUUGGACAAUGUAACCUUGUCUAGAGAGCUACAGAGUAUGGUGGAGACUGUUGCAGAAAAUUACCACAAUAUUUGGGCGAAGAAAAAGAAAAUAGAACUAAGCAGCAAAGGAGGUGGGACUCACCCACUGCUGGUACCCUAUGACACAUUGACUGCAAAGGAGAAGUUCAGAGACAGAGAAAAGGCUCAGGAGCUCUUUAAAUUCCUGCAGGUCAAUGGAUAUGCAACAAGCAGAGGUUUGAAGGACUUGGAGCAGGAUUCCUCUUCUAUGGAAAAGAGGAUUGCCUACAAGUUCUUAAAGAGGCUCUUGAGUUACGUAGACUCAGCACAGGAAUUCAUAGCCCAUUUAGAGGCCAUGGCCACCAGUGGGAAAACUGACAAAUCACCUCAUGAGCAAGAGAUAAAGUUCUUUGCAAAGGUCCUGCUGCCGUUGCUUGACCAGUACUUUAAAAAUCACUGCCUUUACUUCCUGUCUUCUCCCAGCAUCAACCUGAGCAGCAGUGGUUAUGCUUCGAACAAAGAGAAGGAGAUGAUCACCAGUCUUUUCUGCAAGCUGGCUUCUCUGGUUAGACAUAGGAUUUCUCUGUUUGGAAGUGACUCUGCUACCAUGGUGAGCUGUCUUUACAUCUUGGCACAUUCACUGGACUUCAGGACAGUGAUGAAGUCUGGCUCUGAGCUGGUGAAGGCCGGAGUCAGGACAUUCUUCGAUAAUGCUGCAGAGGACUUGGAGAAGACUGUAGAAAACCUGAAGCUGGGCAAACUUGGCCAGUCUCGCACCCAGAUGAAGGGAGUGGCACAAAUCAUCAAUUACACCUCAGUGGCACUGUUGCCUAUUCUUACUGCACUCUUUCAGCACAUCACUGAGCACCAGUUUGGGGCGGACUUGCUGUUGGAUGAUGUUCAACUGUCUUGCUAUCGAAUUCUGACCAGCCUGUACUCUCUCGGAACUGGCAAAAACAUCUACGUUGAAAAGCAGCUUCCUGUGCUGGGAGAAUGCUUGGCGACUCUGGUGGGAGCGAUGCCUGUGGCUUUCCUGGAACCUCAUCUGAACAUGCACAACCCACGCUCUGUCUUCAACACCAAAACACCACGAGAGAGAGCAAUCCUGAGCAUGCCUGAUACUGUGGAGGAGAUGUGUCCUGAGAUGCCACGUCUGGACGGCCUGAUGAAAGACAUUCAUGACAUUUCUGAGUCUGGGGCUCGCUACACAGAGAUGCCCCAUGUCAUUGAAGUCAUUUUGCCCUUGCUGUGUAACUAUCUUUCUUACUGGUGGGAAAAGGGCCCUGAGAACUCUCCCAGUCAUGUGAGCUGCUGUACCACUGUCACCUCCGAGCACCUCAGCCUCAUCCUAGGCAACAUUCUCAAGAUUCUCAACAAUAACUUGGGUAUAGAUGAAGCCUCCUGGAUGAAAAGGCUUGCAGUGUACACACAGCCAAUCAUUAGCAAGGCAGGAGGAGACCUCUUACGAACUCACUUCCUCCCCACACUGGAGAAGCUGAAGAAGAAGACAGUGAAGGUUGUGGCUGAGGAGGAGAUGAUAAGAGCUGAGAGCAAGGCUGACACCCAGGAGGCCGAGCUGCAGAUCCUGGAUGAGUUUGCUGUCCUAUGCAGGGACCUGUAUGCUUUUUACCCCAUGCUCAUUCGUUACGUGGACAACAACAGGUCCAAAUGGCUGAAGAAACCAACUUCAGAUUCAACAGAGCUCUUCAAAAUGGUGUCUGAGAUUUUCAUUCUCUGGUGUAAAUCUCAUAAUUUCAAAAGGGAGGAGCAAAAUUUUGUGGUGCAAAAUGAAAUCAACAACCUUGCCUUCCUCACUGGAGACACCAAGUCCAAGAUGUCAAAGUCAGGGGGCCAGGAUCAGGAAAGGAGAGGGAAGAAGAGAAAAAGAGAAUUGUACUCUGUUCAGACAUCUUUAAUUGUGGCAGCUCACAAGAAACUGCUGCCUGUUGGCCUCAACAUGUGCACGGCUGGAGACCAGGAGCUCAUCUCUCUGGCCAAGAUUCGCUACAGUCUGAAAGAUACAGAUGACGAGGUAAAGGAUCAACUAAGACUGAACCUACAUCUUCAAGAGAAGACAGAGGACCCGGCAGUGCAGUGGCAGCUAAACCUCUAUAAGGAUGUUGAGGUGAAGAGUGAGGAGCCACACAAUACCGAGCACAUUAUCGAGAAGAUUCAAGGCAUCUCAUCCGCUGUCUUCCAUCUUGAGCAGGUUGAGCAGCCUCUCAGGUGUAAAAAACUGGUAUGGCAGAAGCAGCUGUCCAAACAGCGCAAGCGUGCUGUGGUUGCUUGUUUCCGCAUGGCACCUCUUUACAAGCUACCUAGGCAUCGCUCUAUUAACCUCUUCCUCAUGGGCUAUCAGAAACUUUGGAUAGUAGCAGAGGAGUACUCCUUUGAGGAGAAGCUAGUGCAGGACCUGGCAAAAACCCCCAUGGUUGCGGAAAAGGAAGAGGAGGAAGCAGAGGCUGAGGUUCAGCCGGACCCUCUUAACCAGCUCAUCCUCCACUUCAGUCAUAAUGCCCUGACUGAGAGAAGUGUCCUGGAAGUAGAUCCCUUGUAUAUUGCGUAUGCAGAUAUGAUGGCAAAGAGUUGUGCUGAGGAUGAAGAAGAGGAGGAAGAAGAAGGAAAAGAAAAGACAUUUGAGGAGAAAGAGAUGGAAAAGCAAAAAAUUCUGUAUCAGCAGGCCAGGCUACAUGCUCGAGGAGCAGCUGAGAUGGUGCUACAGAUGAUCAGUGCUAGCAAAGGACGACUAGGCCCUAUGGUGACAUUCACUCUAAAGUUGGGUAUCUCUAUUCUCAAUGGAGGCAAUGUUGUUGUUCAGCAGAAAAUGCUGGACUACCUGAAAGAAAAAAGGGAUGCUGGGUUUUUUAAAAGUUUAUCUUGGCUAAUGCAGUCUUGCAGUGUACUGGAUCUAAAUGCAUUUGAGAGACAAAAGAAGGCAGAGAGCCUUGGAAUGGUGACCGAAGAAGGUUCAGUCAACGUGAGUGAGCGGGGCUCCAAAGUACUACAAAAUGAUGAAUUUACAAAGGAUUUAUUUAGGUUUUUGCAGCUUUUAUGUGAGGGCCACAAUGAUGAUUUCCAAAAUUUCUUGAGAACCCAAACAGGAAAUACAACGACUGUCAACAUCAUUAUUAGCACAGUGGACUACCUCCUACGUUUGCAGGAAUCCAUAAGUGAUUUCUACUGGUAUUACUCUGGAAAAGAUGUAAUUGAUGACCAAGGACAGAUGAACUUCUCUAAAGCACUGGCAGUAGCUAAACAGAUCUUCAACUCACUUACAGAGUACAUUCAGGGUCCUUGUAUUGGGAACCAGCAGAGUCUGGCUCACAGCAGGCUGUGGGAUGCCGUGGUUGGAUUCCUGCAUGUCUUUGCCAAUAUGCAAAUGAAACUUUCACAGGUAUUUCACACAUACAGACAUGUGCUUAUCAGUAGUUUUUUUAUGCUGGCAACAAACUCUCAUUUUUGCUUUGUACAGGACUCAAGCCAAAUUGAUCUGUUAAAAGAGUUAAUGGAUUUGCAGAAGGAUAUGGUGGUCAUGUUGUUAUCUCUUCUGGAGGGUAACGUGGUGAAUGGCACAAUUGGGAAGCAAAUGGUCGACACUUUAGUGGAGUCUUCCAGCAACGUUGAAAUGAUCCUCAAAUUCUUUGAUAUGUUCCUCAAGCUGAAGGACCUUACUACCUCUGAAAACUUUAAAGAGUUUGAUCCUGAAGGGAAAGGAAUAAUUUCUAAAAAGGAGUUCCAGAAGUCAAUGGAGAGCCAAAAGCAGUACACACAAUCCGAGAUUGAGUUUCUUCUCUCUUGUGCAGAGGCAGAUGAAAACGACAUGUUUAACUAUACAGAAUUCGUGGAACGCUUUCACGAGCCAGCAAAAGAUAUUGGCUUCAAUAUGGCUGUACUGCUCACCAAUCUGUCUGAGCACAUGCCCAAUGAAUCACGUCUCGCCACUUUCCUGGACCUGUCUGAGAGUGUACUCAGUUAUUUCGAGCCCUACUUGGGACGUAUCGAGAUCAUGGGAGGUGCCAAGCGGAUUGAGCGUGUGUACUUUGAGAUCAGUGAAUCUAGCAGAGAGCAGUGGGAGAAGCCUCAGGUGAAGGAGUCCAAGCGGCAGUUCAUUUUUGACAUGGUCAAUGAGGGCAGUGAAAGUGAAAAGAUGGAGCUGUUUGUAAACUUCUGUGAAGACACCAUUUUUGAGAUGCAGCUGGCUUCCCAGAUAUCCGAACCAGGGGCUGUUGAACGCCCUGAAGAAGAGGAGGAAGAACCACACAAUCUGUUGGAGGAACUGUGUGAAGAGGAAGAUGAAUCUCUUGAGUCCGCUUCAGCUUUCACUGUUGCCUGCACUUCUGUAAAGAAAAAGGUAUCUCAGUUCCGUCAAAUGCUGACCCUCAAGAACACACGGAAGCAGUUCAAGAAGUUUAAGAAACUGACCAUUAGGGAAAUGAUAACAGGAUUCUUUUCAUUUUUCUUGAUGCUUUUCAUUGGCUUCUUUAAAGGCAUUUUUAGCCUGAUUUUUGGAUUCUUUCAUAUAAUCUGGUCCUCAAUGUUUGGAGGGGGCCUUGUUGAAGGGGCUAAAAACAUGAAGGUGACAGACAUCUUGGGCAACAUGCCAGAUCCCACUCAGUUCGGAAUUCAUGGUGAUGUCACGGAGCCAGAGAAAGCAGAAAAUGGUGAAAUAGUUGUAUCUACAGAAAUGGUACAGAUGGGUGGCACAGUGGACAAACUGGAAACUGAUGCCAUCAUAGAUCUUAUAUGUCCGCCAACUAAGCGAGAGGGAAAGCACGGAUCUGAGCCUGGACUCGGGGAUGUCUCAGAGAUUACAACAGAAGCCAGCCCUCAAGUUGAAAAGAAGAAGCGUCAGAAACCAGUAGCGGAGGAGUCUGAACCUGAGAAAGCUGACACAGAGAAUCGUGAAAAAGAAGAUAAGACCAAAGAAGAAAAGCCUGAAGAGCCAGUAGUGGAGGAAAUGCCAACUACAAGAAAACGACAUGGCUCAUCUAAGGAGGAACCUCCUGCAUUAAUGGCCACCUUCUUUGCCGGACUGGAAGUCUAUAAGACCAAGAUGCUUAACUACUUGGCUCGUAAUUUCUACAACCUUCGGAUGCUGGCACUGUUCGUUGCAUUUGCAAUCAACUUCAUCCUGCUCUUUUAUAAGGUGUCUGGUGAAGCUGAGGAUGAAGAAGAUGAGGAGUCCUGGGGUGGAAGUGAUGACGAUGAUGAUGAAGACAGUGAUGUAGAAUUUUAUGUACUUCAGGAGAGCACUGGCUACAUGGCUCCUACACUGACUUUCUUGGCUGUACUGCAUACAAUCAUUUCUUUACUUUGUGUGGUGGGAUAUUACUGCCUCAAGGUCCCUUUGGUUGUGUUUAAGCGAGAGAAGGAGAUUGCAAGGAAGCUUGAGUUUGAUGGCUUGUACAUCACUGAGCAGCCUUCUGAUGAUGACAUCAAGGGUCAAUGGGAUCGUUUGGUUAUUGCCACUCCGUCUUUCCCCAAUAAUUACUGGGACAAAUUUGUUAAGAGAAAGGUCAUCAAUAAGUAUGGAGAUCUGUAUGGGGCUGAGCGUAUUGCCGAACUCCUCGGUUUGGAUAAGAGCGCACUUGACUUUGAUCCCACAGAGGAAACUGUAGUGAAAGAGGCUUCUUUGUUGUCAUGGUUGAGCUCUAUUGACACGAAGUACCACAUCUGGAAGAUGGGAGUCGUCCUAACUGAUAAUUCUUUCCUCUACUUGAUCUGGUACACCACAAUGUCUAUUCUGGGCCAUUACAACAACUUCUUCUUUGCUGCUCACUUGUUGGAUAUUGCCAUGGGUUUUAAGACCUUGAGAACUAUCCUGUCCUCUGUAACACACAAUGGCAAACAGCUGGUGUUGACCGUGGGCCUGCUAGCAGUCGUGGUUUACCUGUACACUGUUGUGGCUUUCAACUUCUUCCGCAAGUUCUACAACAAGAGUGAGGAUGAGGAUGAACCUGACAUGAAGUGUGAUGAUAUGAUGACGUGCUACCUAUUCCACAUGUAUGUGGGUGUCAGAGCUGGUGGAGGCAUCGGUGAUGAGAUUGAAGACCCAGCUGGCGACCCUUACGAGCUUUACCGCAUCCUCUUUGACAUUACUUUCUUCUUCUUUGUCAUUGUCAUCCUGUUGGCCAUCAUCCAGGGUUUGAUUAUUGAUGCUUUUGGUGAGUUGAGAGAUCAGCAGGAGCAAGUAAAGGAAGACAUGGAAACAAAAUGUUUUAUAUGUGGGAUUGGUAACGACUACUUUGACACCACACCGCAUGGCUUCGAGACCCACACUCUACAGGAGCACAACCUGGCCAACUAUCUAUUCUUCCUGAUGUACCUCAUUAAUAAAGACGAAACUGAACAUACGGGUCAGGAGUCCUAUGUAUGGAAGAUGUAUCAGGAGAGGUGCUGGGACUUCUUCCCCGCUGGAGACUGCUUCCGCAAACAAUAUGAGGACCAGUUGGGCUAGAGGGAACAUAACUGCCCUUUACCCCCCAUGUUUAUAAUUAAAAAAAAAACCUAACCUGAACCAGAAAUUCAAACUAGUGCAUACAUGCUGCUGAUGAUCCUUUCCAUUGAAAAGAACGGCUACUGGAUAUGAAAUUAAUCACCUAUUUAAGACAAAGACAUCGAGCCACAAACUGUAUCAUAAACACACACACAACCACAAAUAUGGUGCCAAAUUUAAACCUGCCAAAACAUGACAUUUAAUCUUUCAAAAACCUUGCUGAUCCUUUUGACAUUUUCUUGCCUUUUAUCUGCUGGUAUUUAAGCAAACUGCAUAGUGAGCUGAGAGAGCACACAUACACCUGAGAAAUUAUACAAAAAAUAUCUAUAUAAAAAAAGCAAAACAAACAUAAAAAAAAAGAACAUAUCACAUAUAGCUAUCAGUGAAUGAUGCUAGUCAGGACCAGUUGGCCCGCUGUAUUUCAAAUAAUGCUAACAGGAAUCUACCAGCUACUUAUCAUUAAUAGCUGAAAUAUCUGAGUGAAGAAUUCCUUAGACAUGCUGAGUGAAUGAACAAGUAUGCACUCCCUUUUCUUGUUAUUCAAAUAAAGAAUGAACAUUUAUGUCUUAGAAUGUACAACGCCUUAUAAAACAUAAGGCAGAACGUAGAUCCAUGAGCUCAUUAGACUAGUUCAAGUGCCUUAUGAAAAAGACUAUGCAAAAUCUUGUCCCUCCUCAUGUGUAGCAAACCUGUAUUUUAGGUGAACUUACAAAAUGUAGAUUAGUUUUGUGGCUUUAAGUAAGGAAGUUUAAAGUAAAAUGCACAACUGCUUUUAUGUUUUGUUUUCGAUUUCUUUUUAAUUGCCAAUGCUUAGAAGCUUAAUAUCUUUGCUGGCAGUAAAGGAAAUCAAUAUGACAACCCAAAGCUGAAAACAUUAAGAUAACAUUAUUUAACAGAAGCAAGACAAAACUGUAAACCAUUACUCUAUGUAAAAGCUUUGGUGAAUUGUGUUUUGAUUGGGAAGAAGACGACAAAAACACAAUAAAGAGAUCAAUGCAAUAAA